AUGGGAAAAUGCUGCAAACGCAAUGGGAGACUGCUGUGCUUGUGUCUGCUGCCUUGUAUGAUGACUGGCCAUCUUUUAAUUUAUAUUGGCAUCUCCAUAUUCAUCACCAUCUCCUACGCUCCGCCAAAAAUAACUCUCCACUAUAUUGCUCCAGGGAUUUCUGCUAAUUCUUCAACUAUGGCCUCCCAUCCACUCGGGCCUUUCUGGAACCUUCGUUUGGAGGACAGUGCUCUGUGGAACCAGCUUCAGCAUGCUUGGGACCGUGAGCACAAUCCACUACUGAGAGGAAACACAACUCACAUACAGAGGAAGCCCAAAGCUAAGUUUUUAUCAGAGAUUAACAAUGAAUGUAUUUCUGACAACACAUCACAUAAGUGUUCAGUCCCUCACAUGCAAGAUAUAAACAGGCUGCCAGAACAGAUUAGGGCAUUUAUCAGGUCAAUGUACUACAGGGAGUACCCCCUUCUUAUCAACCAACCUGGUAUGUGUAGGAAAGACAACAGUAGCUUUGAUCUGGACUCUCCCAUGCUCCUCAUGGCUAUCAAAUCUCAAGUGGGAAACUUUGAAAAUAGGCAGGCAAUCCGUGAAACAUGGGGACGCAGUGGUCUGGUGGAAGGGGAAUCAAAUAAAAAAGGUGGAUUGGUGCGCACAGUCUUUCUUCUCGGAAGGCAGGACUCAGGUACAGGUCCACACCCAGAUCUAAAGAAUCUCCUGGAGCUAGAGAACCUGAAGUAUGGGGAUAUUCUACUGUGGGACUUCAGAGAUACGUUUUAUAAUUUGACCCUAAAGGACUUGCUGUUCUGGCGAUGGUUCGAGCAGUACUGUCCCACUGCCAUCUUUGUUUUCAAAGGGGACGAUGACGUCUUUGUCAGAACAAAUGCCCUUCUGGAUUAUCUGCACAAGAACAAGGAGGAGCACAAACUACAGCUACUUUUAAAAAGGAAAACUGAGAUGGAUAUGUUCAUUGGGGACGUGAUUACUAAUGCAAUGCCAAACCGUGAACCGUCCACAAAAUACUACAUACCAGAAAAUUUCUACAAGGGAGUGUAUCCACCCUAUGCUGGGGGAGGAGGGGUGGUGUAUUCUGGAUCACUUGCACUACGUUUGAAAGAGGUGUCUGAGAGGGUCCACCUUUUCCCUAUUGAUGAUGUGUAUCUUGGAAUGUGCCUGCACAGACUCGGGCUUUCUCCAACCCAUCACCCGGGUUUUUUAACAUUUGACCUCCCAGCAGGAGAAAGGGAAAAUCCUUGUGCAUACAGAUCUGUUCUGCUUGUUCACAAACGGAGUCCCAAGGAGAUGGUUACACUGUGGAAAAAGCUCCAGAACCUGCCUGGUCAAUGCUAA